UCGUUUUUCAAGCUGUAGUUUUGAAAUCCAGGACUCUGUCCUCCAGCCCAUAGCCCAAGGAUCCCAGGAUGUUGCACAGCAGCUACAACCGGGCACCGCGCCGGAAGCUCAUCCCGAAUCUGUUCAGCAACAUCCUGCAGGUGAUCGCCGAUGCCGACCAUCCACUCACCGAGCCCGAGAUCAUGGAGGCCGUAUCCGAUCGACUGGAUCGCAGCGACGAGGAGCUGAAGCGCCAGAUCACGGUGAGCCUCCAGGAUGCCCUAAUCUACGGCUACCUGCGGGUGAAGAACUAUCGCUACUCGAUAGUGCCCAGUCGCCUGGACCCGGACGAUCAUCCCCAGCAUCCGGAGAGCCCGGAGCACCACGAUCCGAGCUCCUCCAUCGCAGCCACGGCGGAGCAUCACCGGGCGCAGGAUAGGAUCUCGAGUGGAACCAGUGGUCAAGAUCGCGAUCGUGAGCAGAACCAUCAAUCCACAUCCAUCAACCACCAGGAGGAGCUAAUGAGCAGGCCAGCGGAAGGGACAAUCAAAAGGGUGACUCUCGAGCCCGAAAAGCAAACAAAUUGAUAAAACAAAUUUUAAAUGGUGACAAAAAAUGAACUUUUAA